AUGAGCAUGCCUCUUGCUCGCUCGCUCGCCGAGCUCCCUCCCAUCCCAGAGGACGUGCGCAAGUGGCGCAUCCUCCUCCUCGUCUCGGCCGCCAACUCGCUCACCCAGCGCGUCAUGACCUACCUCAGCGACCUGGGUUGUGAGAAGGUGUCCACCGAGCUCGCUCUGUCCGACGAGAGCAUGAUCAGUGCCGUGCUCGCCCACUCUCCACACGUAGUUCUCUGCCCCUUCCUCACCAAGAAGGUCCCCGACGUGAUUUGGGAAAACGUGCUCACCCUUAUCGUCCACCCUGGGCCUCCCGGUGAUGCUGGACCAGCUGCAAUCGACUGGGCCAUUAUGGGCGACCGCGGUUUCGACGCCGACGCCGCGACGGCGCUGCCUGCACUGCAGGCUCCCACCGACCGCUCCAAGCCCAUCAGCGAGCGCCAGCGCACACACUGGGGCAUCACCGUCCUCCAGGCCGACCACACCAUGGACGGCGGCCCCGUCUGGGCUUGGGACCAGUUUCCGCUCAACGACGUGUCGCGCACCACCAAGUCGUCACUGUAUCAGGGUCCGGUGACAAAUGCGACCCUCCGUACGGUGACUGUCGCUCUUUCCCGCAUCCAGCAAUCGUACGCUAAGCUCAAUGACCCCACACACCGCGGCGCACGCGUCGGUGUCAAGGUCGACCCCACCUGGGCGCAGCAAUGCGUGUCAUACAGCCAGCCCUUCAUGGGCGGACCGCUCAACGAGCGUCCCCAGAUCAAGCCCGGCCAGCGCCGCCCCGACCUCGCUCUCCACACUGCUGCCGAUGUCGCCCGCAUCAUCAACUGCGGUGACUCACAGCCUGGCGGCACGAUCAAGACGACCAAGUCUUUCAUGUUCGCGUACGACGCCCACAUUCACCUCAGGGCCGCCGACAUUCCGUCUCAGCUGAUCCAGGCGGCCGGUCACACCGACUUUGACGCGAUCCCCGCUGGACGGGCGAUCGCCACUCGCUCCGGUGCCGUCUUGUUCAAGACUGCCGACUGUGGCCACGGCAAGGGUUGCUCGUAUGGCUGCGGCAUCGCAGUCUGGUUCACGCACGGACGUAUCCCCAAGGCGGUGGCGGCGGCGGCGCUCAGUGCAAAGGUCCCCAUGGCAGAGGCACUGGUUGCCGCCGGCGAAGGUUCGCGCUUGGAUGGUGUCCCCGAGUGGCCUGUCCACGACUUCCAGGAGGUGCCUGGCACCUGGCAGGAGGUGUUUGUACGCACCAUCCCCGGUGGUGAUGGUCUGGUUCAGCUCGUAUACUGGGACUUCUACAACGGAGCCUUCUCCACAACUGGCUGCGAGCAUCUCGUUGCCGCACUCCAGUGGGCCACCGACCCCGCACGCGGAGAUGUCAAGGUGCUUGCCCUCAUGGGUGGCCAGUACUUCUCGAACGGUGUUGCGCUCAACAUCAUCGAGAGCGCCGAGCACCCCGGUCGCGAGACUUGGGCCAACAUCAAUGCGAUUGACGAUGUCGUCGAGUUCCUUGCGGGCGACCUUUCGGGUCAGCCGCGCUCCGAGUUCCUCGCCGGUAUCCCCUCGCUCACUGAGCGCGGCAUCACGACUGUCGCAUGCCUCCGCGGCAACGCCGCUGCCGGUGGUGUUGCCCUCGCCGCCGCUUGUGAUGUUGUUGUCUCGGCCGGCACCGUCGUCCUGAACCCCGCCUACCGCGCCAUGGGCCUCCACGGCUCCGAGUUCCACCUCUACUCGUACGUCGAGCGCUGUGGCCGCUCGGUUGCGACCCACCUCGUCAAGGACAUGCUCCCCCUGUCGGCUGUCCGCGCCCGCGAGCUCGGCCUCGUCGACGUCGUCAUUGGCGGCCGCGACAUUCCCUCCCAGCAGGCCGAGGUCCUCAUUGUCGACUUUGUCCGCAACCUCGCCGCUGCUCCUGCCACCGCCUUCGGCACGUCGCAGUUCGCUUCGGCCCCAUGGACCCUCCCUGUCACUGGCUGGACCGGUGCCCCGUCCCACACCCAGUCGCUUGUUGCCCGUCUCUGUGACAACAAGCGCCGUCGCUACGCCCUCGAGACGCACAUCCCCCUCGUGCACUACCGUCACGAGGAGCUCUCGCAGAUGCUGCUGGACUCGUUCCACCCCAUCCGUUCGCAGCGUUACCACACCCGCCGUAUCAAGUUUGUCCGCAAGGUCAAGGCGGAGGGCACCCCCACACGGUAUGUUCACCACCGUAUGAUCGUCAACCCCGACGAGGAGGAGAGCCCGCGCUUCGACGACGCCCCUGCUUGGGUUCGUGGCGAGGAGUGGUCGUGGGUCGGCCUCCAGACACCCGCCAGCAUGGCCACUUCGCAGAGCCUUCUCAUCGACUUUGCCGCGCCUGUUGCGCCUCUGGUCUUGGUGAGCCAGCAGGACAACGCCUCUUCCGGCUCGGAGCCUUCAAACGACAUCCGCACCGACGCGGGCUCGCAGGCAGCGUCUCCCGCCCUGGUUGAUGGCGCCGAGCCCCGCUUCAACCCCCCUCCCAGCCCUUCGCCGAUCACCAAGAAGGCGGUUCAGAAGCAGACCUCGGGCGGCCUUCGCGAGCUCGCUGAGCCAGUGCCCGUGCCCGCUAAGUCGUCCUUUGCUGCGGGCCUCGAGCACAAGCCUAUCGUUGCCGACUUCCCCAAGGGGUCUUCUCGUCCUCUCACGGUCUACCCCUCUGGCGGCAUUACCCACGGCUCAAGCCUCAAUGUCUCGCCCAAGCGCCAGCGUGGCUCCUUUCUUCUCAAGAUUUCGAAUGCGUUUCGCUCGAAGUCGCGCAACGACCUGAGGACCGACGCCCAGACGCAGGCCAACACCCGUGCCAACGCCGCGCCACCCAGCACGGCCACUCUCGUCUCUUCGGCUGCGGCCUCGUCCGAGGACAUGGGCACCCGAUCCAGUCGCCGCACGCUGCAGGGCCAGCCCAAGUACAACCGCCCCAUGAUCCCCAACGAGGGUGACACUGAGAGCCCGUGCCUCUUCAACGUCACUGCCGAUUUCCCCCAGGUGCCCGAGCGCCCUGCUGGUCAGCGCCCUCAGGUGGUCGCCGCUUAG